ACCAAAGUUUUGUAAUGACUGACUUCAAUCAUUUUGCGCAUGCCCGAAAAGUAGAAGUGUAGAGAAUUUCCGGAGAGAAGGAUGGCAUCGGCAUUGAAGUUACCAGGAAAUAUUUUGCAGAGAUCACCGUUGACAAACCUUUUGACGAAGGCAGUAAAACCAGUCACUGCCUCUGCCUCUAGGGAUUUUCACUUCAAAUUUCAAAGGACGAACCAAUCUGCAACCACAGGUGACAAGAUUUCUAAACAAUAUGCCGUAGUGGAUCACACAUUUGAUGCAGUAGUUGUUGGAGCAGGAGGGGCUGGAUUAAGAGCAGCUUUCGGAUUGGCCAAUGAAGGAUUCAAGACAGCAUGCAUUACCAAGCUGUUUCCCACUCGUUCACACACAGUUGCAGCUCAGGGAGGAAUCAAUGCAGCCCUUGGCCAUAUGGAGGAAGAUCACUGGCAUUAUCACUUCUACGACACAGUGAAAGGCUCCGAUUGGCUGGGAGACCAGGAUGCCAUUCAUUACAUGUGUGAGGAGGCCCCAAAAGCUGUCAUUGAGCUUGAAAACUAUGGAAUGCCAUUCAGCCGUCUAGAAAAUGGGAAAAUUUACCAGCGUGCAUUUGGUGGUCAAAGUAUCAACUACGGUAAAGGUGGACAGGCUCAUCGUUGCUGUUGUGUGGCUGACAGAACAGGACAUUCUCUUCUUCACACCCUGUAUGGCAGAUCUCUGAAAUACGACACCUCAUACUUCAUUGAGUAUUUUGCCCUCGAUCUGAUUAUGGAAGAAGGCGAAUGUAGAGGAGUUAUUGCCCUUAAUUUAGAGGAUGGCACAAUUCACCGAUUCAGAGCGAAGAACACUGUGCUUGCUACUGGAGGAUAUGGCCGUGCUUAUUUCUCCUGUACUUCGGCACACACAUGUACAGGGGAUGGAACAGCGAUGGUUGCCAGGGCUGGACUCCCCAAUGAAGAUAUGGAAUUUGUUCAGUUCCAUCCAACUGGUAUAUAUGGUGCUGGUUGUCUUAUCACCGAGGGUUCUCGGGGUGAGGGGGGCUACCUUAUCAACUCGAAGGGGGAGCGUUACAUGGAGAGAUAUGCUCCCUCCGCGAAGGAUCUAGCCUCCAGAGAUGUUGUAUCUAGGGCGAGUACAAUUGAAAUCAGAGAGGGAAGAGGUGUGGGUCCAGAGCAAGACCAUGUCUUCUUGCAGUUGUCACACCUUCCUGCUGAAGUGUUGAAGACGCGAUUACCAGGAAUCUCAGAGACUGCCAUGAUCUUUGCAGGUGUGGAUGUGACAAGGGAUCCCAUUCCUGUCCUCCCCACAGUGCACUACAACAUGGGAGGCACGCCCACCAACUACAAGGGACAGGUGAUUGAGUAUGUUAACGGCCAGGACCGCAUCGUGCCAGGGUUAUAUUCCUGUGGGGAGGCUGCCUGCGCUUCUGUGCAUGGAGCCAAUAGACUGGGAGCUAAUUCUCUGCUGGAUUUAGUUGUCUUUGGCAGAGCUUGUGCCAACACCAUUACUGCAGAAUGCAAACCUGGAGACCCUAUUGGCAAAAUCAGACAGAAUGCUGGAGAGGAAUCUGUGGCUAACAUUGACAAACUGCGACAUGCUAAUGGAAGUCAGACAACCGCAGAUCUCAGACUUAAGAUGCAGAAGACAAUGCAGAACCACGCUGCAGUAUUUAGAGAUGGAUCUGCCUUGAAAGAAGGUGUGGACAAAAUGAAUGCAAUCAACAAAGAAAUGGAAGACAUCAAGCUGUCUGACAGAGGAAUGAUCUGGAACACUGACCUAGUGGAAACUCUAGAGUUACAGAACUUGAUGAUAAAUGCUUUACAGACCAUUGUCUCAGCUGAAGCCAGAAAAGAAAGCAGGGGAGCUCACUCAAGAGAAGACUUCAAGGACAGGAUAGAUGAAUAUGAUUAUAGUAAACCUCUAGAGGGUCAGAAGAUGAAACCUCAGGAUCAACACUGGAGGAAGCACACCCUCUCCUACACAGACAACUCAGGGAAGACCUCCCUGGAUUACAGACCUGUCAUAGACACAACGCUAAACAAAGAAUGUGAAGCUGUUCCCCCCGCCAUCAGGUCAUACUAAGCAGCUCCAACAACACAGAUAGCUCUGGGGAAUGUCUUCAGAGAAGUAAAGGGUGUUCUAGAAAGACAAUUCAACUUUGGAAGCAGACUACUGACACAUUUACUCCGCUUAGAGGGUGAAAUACAACUGUACCUCGUGAUCGAUACUCUCUCAUAUGAAGGCUUCAGUUCUGCAGACAUUAACAAAGUUUAUCCUCAGCUUUUAUGCCAUGAUCCUAAAAUGCUUGUAUAUGUGUUACUAAAUUAUGCUUGUUAAUUAUUGUAUAUGUAUCAAGAAGAAUACAUUUUUUUUUUGUACAUUUUGUUGACAAAUAUUAAAUGAUCAUUUUUCAAUAUCAAAAAA